AUGCGCGUCGGGGAUCUGAAUCAUUUCCAGAUGUAUCACGAAGGGCCUCUGCAGAUGAACGGCAUGGUGAACUCAGUAAACACACCGUGCGUUUUCUUUUCAGAUUAUGGAGCUACAGAUGUGACAAACUACUUCAAUUCUGCAAACUCUGUACCGAGGGCGGAUAAAUGCGUGGCCAUACUGACCCACAGGAGGAAGAGGACCAACUUUACCCAGCAGCAGAUUGAGGUUCUGGAGAAAGUUUACUCGGAUACUAAAUAUCCUGACAUCUACUUGCGAGAGAGGCUGGAGGCUCUGACGGGGCUACCCGAGUCCAGAAUUCAGGUAUGGUUUCAGAACAGAAGAGCCAAGUCUCGUCGCCAGGUUGGCUCAUCAGUGUCCAUGAAGGUCACCAAUCCAUCAGCAGCUGCGCCCUUCAGCCAGCUUCAGAGCAGGAUGGGCCCCGAGAACGUUUAUGACAACAGUCACAGCGCAGAGGCACACAGGAUCGGAGGUUUUGGAUUAGAGGACAGUUUCAGACCCACAAUGCAUCAAAACACUGAGGACCAACACCGUACCAGUCUACCCAGCAAACCCAGCAGCUAUGAUCACACAUCUGUCUCCUGCAUCUACGAGAAGGAAGGGACGAGAGUGAAGCCCGAGCAGAUGCAGCGACACGAGCUGAGUGUCAAUGUCCCGUGCUGCAACGUCCAUCUGUAUCCCAAGGAGAACGGGCGCCACUCCAAGAUGGAAGCCAACGUAACGGGCAACCAGGGUCCAAAAGUUCUGGUGGAGUACGACAACUUCCCACCCAACAAAACCAUCGGGCCGGAGAUGAAAGUCGUGAUCCCCCCCAUCCCGACCCAGAAUAACUUUAGCAGGUCGUCACCGAAGGAUAAUGGAUGCCAAAUCCAAUAUCCACGGGUGAGGGCCACGGGUGACGGGUUCAGUCACUUUUCGCCAAUCCACGGCACCGAGGUACAGGACUUUACUGAUUCAGACUCUGACUGGGAAAAUGAGGCUAUGGCUGGCUUUGGUGGCUUUAUGUGAUCCAUCAUCAGAGCUGAUAUAAAGAAAACUAUGUAUCAUAAGA